AUGCGUCUACUUAUUCUAUAUGGAAGUCAAACGGGAACAGCUCAAGAUGUUGCUGAACAACUGUGGCGUAAAUCAAAAACAUAUGGCUUUGAGGGACCGGUACUGGCUAUGAAUGAAUACUCCGUACAGAAUCUAAUUGAAGAAACAUUGGUGUUUUUUGUUGUUGCAACAACAGGUGAUGGCGAUGAACCGGACAAUAUGCGCAACUUUUGGAAAUUCUUAUUAAGGCGAAGCCUACCGCAAAAUUCCUUGGAAAAGCUGCAAUUUGCCUGUUUGGGCUUAGGAGAUUCUAGUUAUGCGAAAUUUAAUUAUGCAGCUAAAAAAUUAAAUAAACGGCUCCAGCAACUGGGUGCCACUUCAAUUAUACCCAUGGGAUUGUGUGAUGAUCAACAUGAUCAUGGUUUGGGUGCAGUGGCAUUACCAUGGAUGCAACAAUUGUGGUUGGAAGUGGAAAAACGUUUGGGUGUAAAAGCCAAUGACCUUGAUAGUGCUAAAGUCUUUAAAUGGUCAUGUCGAACUGUGAAUAAUUCUGCUAAUGAGGAAGGUUCGCAGCAACAUAUACUAUGGCCCCACAAGGAGGAACCUCAAAAAUUCCUACUAAGUGAAAACCUGCGUACUACAGAUAAAGACCAUUUUCAAGAUGUUCGUCUAUUGAAAUUUGAUGCUGGACAUGCCACCUGGAGCCCCGGAGAUAUUUUACAAGUCCAACCACAAAACUCCAAAGAACAAAUUGAAGCAUUUUUCUCCUGGGUUAAAGAGCAUAAUUUAGACUUCUCACCCGAUACUGUAGUAGAAAUAACAAGCAACUAUAAGGAUAUACCCAUACCGAAAUGCUACAAUAAACCGUUGACCGUACAACAAAUGGUAACAUCGAUAUGGGAUCUGAGUCACAAGCCCCGACAAAGAGAAUUUGAAUUGUUAGCCUUAAAUUGUGAAGAUGAGUUGGAGAAGGAGAAACUUAUUGAAUUCACCACAGCUGAAGGUCUGGAAGAUCUUAUCGGUUAUAUAAAUCGGCCACGUCGUACAAUUCUGGAAGUGUUGCAAGACUUUCGACAUGCUUCUGCCAAACUGACGCUGAAUACUUUAAUAGAACUAUUUACUUUUAUACAACCGCGUAGCUUUUCAAUUGCCAGUUGUGUGGAAUCAGGCAAACUGGAUCUACUGGUGGCUGUGGUGGAAUAUAAAACAAAGCUUUCAAAACCCCGGUUGGGUUUAUGUUCAAAUUGGUUGAAAUCCCUGGAGGCUGGAACAACAAUAUUAGGCUGUAUAAAAACGGGAACAAUGAAACUGCCCAAAAAUCCCCAAAUACCUGUUAUUAUGAUUGGACCUGGUACAGGUAUUGCACCAUUUCGCAGCUUCAUACAAAGUCGUUAUUUUCUAAAAGAAAAUGAACAAAAUGCUGACACUCCGUUGGUUGUAUAUUUCGGUUGUCGAAAUCGUAACAAAGAUUUCCACUUUAGUGAUGAUCUUGAAAAAUGGUCCAAUGAACGUUUUAUUCGUCUUUAUUGUGCCUUUUCCAGAGAUCAAGAUCAUAAAAUAUAUGUACAACAUUUAAUCGAAGAAAAUGUUAGUGAAUUGAAAACAUUGAUUUUAGAAAAUCAGGCAUUUAUAUUGGUUGCUGGUUCUUCGAAAAAUAUGCCAAAAUCCGUCAAAGAAGCAUUCCUCAAAGUACUUGAUGGUAAAGAGGCAUUACUGGAAGAAAUGAUUAAACAAAGACGUUAUCAAGAAGAAACUUGGUCAUAG